AUGUUCGACGAAUUCGUAUCUGCGAUGAAAGAACAGAAGAAGGAUAAAAAACCAGAAACUAAAUCCAAACUGAAGCAAAUUACUGACGGAAAAAUGACUUCGUUUGCUAAUCAUUCAUUCAAAGUCUCCCAAGGAAAUAGUUAUCGUUUCCCAUCAAACCAAUUUGGAUACAGUUUGUCCACAUUCUCACCGUUCUUUCUCCAAAAUUGUUGUGAUGUGAUUCGUCGAUUUUUACGGUUGGAAGCGUAUUGCGAUGCAGUUGAUGAUCUUUCCGGACCACUCCCAAAGUCUAUGUCAGGUUCAGCUGAGUUGGAUCUUUUCCAGGCUUUGUUCUUUCCAAGAAGUAUUGCUCCACGAACACCGAUGAAACCAGCUGCUGCCACCCAAAUGGCAGAACAAACUCUAUCUGCAAUGUGGUUCCGUCUCGUUGCUCAUUACUUCGAAUGGCUCGCUGGAAUCUCGGAGCUACAGUAUCUCGGAGAUGAGGAUAAACUUCGGUUGGCAGUGUGUCAACUUUGCAAAGUUGUUUGUUUUUCGGUGGUCUACGCGAAUUACAAUCGAGCAUUAGAUGGAGAUGAAGAGUUGUUGCACUUUGGAUCCGGAUUCUAUUGGGAUCCAGCAAGAGGAAAUGAUCCACUAAUGGAUGAUUACUGCCAAGAAAUGAAGAGGAUCAUCAAUCACAUCAUUGAGCCGGUCAAAAAAGUUGGAAUGUCAAAAGAAGAGUUUGUUUUGGUCAAACUCAUUGUUCUCUUCGAUUGCACUAAUUUGAUGGGACUCUCGCCUGCCGGUCUUGAGUUCACUAGAUCGAUGUGCAAUAAAUAUCGAGUGACGUUGAUGGAGUAUGUUGGAAUGAAAAUGGAAGAGAUGGCUGAUUCCAAAGGAUGGAGUGAAGGCGAAGUCAAAAAUCGUACUAUGGAAAGAAUGAGAAAUCUUCUGGACCUUCCAAUUGGUGUGGAGAAACUCGGAAAGCUGGACGACGAUAGUCUUGCUGCAAUGGUGGAGAGCAACUACGGUGGAAUGCGUGGAACUCUGCAACAACAAAUUCACACUGAAUCGAGAAAAGUACGACAUCACUGA